GAUUAUGUGUGGAUGGACCUCAAAACUGGACGGGAAUUCGAUGUCCCCAUUGGAGCGGUGGUUAAACUGUGUGACUCUGGACAGAUCCAGGUCGUGGAUGAUGAAGGCAAUGAGCACUGGAUUUCCCCGCAGAAUGCCAGCCACAUCAAACCCAUGCACCCCACCUCCAUCCAUGGAGUGGAGGACAUGAUCCGCCUGGGGGACCUGAAUGAGGCAGGAAUUCUCAGGAACCUGCUGAUUCGCUAUCGGGAGCACCUCAUCUAUACAAACUGCGGCGGGAGGACAUACACUGGUUCAAUAUUGGUGGCAGUAAACCCCUACCAGCUCCUACCCAUCUACUCACCUGAGCAGAUACGCCUGUACACCAACAAAAAGAUUGGUGAGAUGCCACCACACAUCUUCGCAAUUGCUGACAACUGCUACUUCAACAUGCAGCGCAACAACAAGGACCAGUGUUGUAUCAUAAGUGGAGAAUCUGGAGCAGGGAAGACAGAAAGCACAAAACUGAUUCUGCAGUUCCUGGCAGCAAUCAGUGGUCAGCACUCUUGGAUUGAGCAGCAGGUCCUGGAGGCAAAUCCCAUCUUGGAAGCUUUUGGGAAUGCAAAGACCAUCCGUAAUGACAAUUCCAGCCGAUUUGGGAAGUACAUUGAUAUCCACUUCAACAAAAGGGGAGCCAUAGAGGGGGCAAAGAUUGAGCAGUACCUGCUGGAGAAGUCCCGGGUGUGCAGGCAGGCCCAGGACGAGAGGAAUUACCACGUGUUCUACUGCAUGCUGAGAGGAAUGACCAUGGAGCAGAAGAAGAAGCUGGGUCUUGGGAAAGCCACAGACUACAACUACCUUGCGAUGGGCAACUGCACGACCUGUGAUGGCAGAGAUGACAGCAAGGAGUACGCCAAUAUCCGCUCCGCUAUGAAAGUCCUCAUGUUCACCGACACUGAGAACUGGGAGAUCUCCAAGCUGCUGGCUGCCAUCCUGCACAUGGGCAACCUGCAGUAUGAAGCUCGGACCUAUGACAACCUGGAUGCCUGCGAGGUUGUUCAGUCAGCAUCGCUCAUCACUGCGGCAACACUGCUAGAGGUUGAGCCUCAGGACGUGAUGAACUGCCUUACCAGCCGGACUAUAAUCACGAGGGGAGAAACUGUCUCCACCCCUCUCAGCAUGGAACAAGCGCUGGAUGUGAGGGACGCUUUUGUAAAGGGAAUUUAUGGACGACUUUUUGUGUGGAUCGUGGAGAAGAUCAAUGCUGCAAUUUACAGACCUCCUUCCCAGGAACUCAAAAGUAUCAGGAGAUCCAUUGGCCUUCUCGACAUUUUUGGCUUUGAGAACUUCACUGUGAACAGUUUUGAGCAGCUUUGCAUUAACUUUGCAAAUGAAAAUCUGCAACAGUUCUUUGUGCGCCACGUCUUCAAACUAGAGCAGGAGGAGUACAACCUGGAGAACAUCAACUGGCAGCACAUUGAGUUCACGGAUAACCAGGAUGCCUUGGACAUGAUUGCCAUCAAGCCUAUGAACAUCAUCUCCCUCAUUGACGAGGAGAGCAAGUUCCCCAAGGGUACAGAUGCCACCAUGUUGCACAAGCUGAACUCCCAGCACAAGCUUAACACCAACUAUAUUCCUCCGAAGAAUAACUACGAAACCCAGUUUGGCAUUAACCAUUUUGCUGGAAUUGUUUACUAUGAAACAAAAGGUUUCUUGGAGAAAAACAGGGACACGCUGCAUGGAGACAUCAUUCAGCUGGUGCAUUCCUCAAAAAACAAAUUCAUCAAGCAGAUCUUCCAAGCAGAUGUGGCAAUGUUUCUCUGUGGCUAUGCAUCCAGCACAUUUGGCCAGUCGCCCACACCCACACCAAAGGGAGCAGAGACGAGGAAGCGCUCACCGACGCUCAGCAGCCAGUUCAAGCGCUCCCUGGAGCUGUUGAUGAGGACUCUCAGCGUGUGCCAGCCCUUUUUUGUCCGCUGCAUCAAGCCCAAUGAGUACAAGAAGCCCAUGCUGUUUGAUCGGGAGCUGUGCGUCCGUCAGCUGAGGUACUCGGGGAUGAUGGAGACCAUCCGCAUCCGCCGGGCUGGAUACCCCAUCCGCUACACCUUUGUGGAGUUCGUGGACCGGUACCGGGUGCUCAUGCCUGGGGUGAAGCCAGCGUACAAGCAGGGUGACCUACGUGGGACAUGCCAACGCAUUGCUGAAGCAGUGCUGGGGAAGGAUGAUGACUGGCAGAUUGGCAAGACAAAGAUAUUUCUGAAGGACCACCACGACAUGCUGCUGGAGAUUGAGAGAGACAAGGCCAUCACGGACAAGGUCAUCCUCAUCCAGAAGGUGGUCCGUGGGUAUAAAGACAGGUCAAAUUUCCUGAAAGUGAGAAAUUCAGUCUUGAUGAUUCAGAGAUACUGGCGUGGACAUAACUGCAGGAAGAACUAUGGUGCUAUGCGGAUUGGCUUCCUGAGGCUGCAGGCCCUGUACCGAUCCCGCAAGCUCCACAAGCAGUACCAUAUGGCUCGCCGGCGGAUCAUCGAGUUUCAGGCGCGAUGCCGGGGCUACCUGGUCCGUAGGGCUUUCCGCCACCGCCUCUGGGCUGUCCUCACCGUUCAGGCCUACGCCCGGGGCAUGAUCGCCCGAAGGCUCUACAAGCGCCUCCGGGGGGAAUAUUAUCGACGCCUGGAAGCAGAGAAACUUCGGCUGGCAGAAGAGGAACGACUUCGAAAGGAGAUGAGUGCCAAGAAAGCCAAAGAAGAAGCAGAAAAGAAACACCAAGUACGCCUGGCUCAGCUGGCACGGGAAGAUGCAGAGAGAGAAGUAAAGGAGAAAGAGGAAGCACGUCGGAAGAAAGAGCUCUUAGAAAAAAUGGAGAGAGCUCGCAAUGAGCCAGUGAAUGACUCAGAAAUGGUGGACAAAAUGUUUGGAUUCCUGGGGACAACCUCCUCCCUUCCUGGCCAGGAGGGACAGGCACCCAAUGGCUUUGAGGAUCUUGAGCAAGUCCAGAAGGAGCUGGAGGAAGAGGACUUGGAUGCAGCGUUGCCUCUCCCUGAGGAGGAGGAAGAAGACCUCUCAGAGUACAAAUUUGCCAAGUUUGCUGCCACGUAUUUCCAGGGCACAACAACACACACAUACGUCCGCCGGCCCCUCAAGCAGCCUCUCUUGUACCAUGAAGAUGAAGGAGACCAGUUGGCGGCACUUGCUGUAUGGAUCACUAUCUUGCGUUUCAUGGGAGACCUCCCUGAGCCGAAAUACCACACAGCCAUGAGUGAUGGUGGUGAGAAGAUACCAGUAAUGACAAAAAUCUAUGAGACUCUUGGGAAAAAGACCUAUAAGAAAGAGCUACAGGCUCUGCAGGGAGAAGGAGAGAGUACUCAUGUUGAUGGGCACAAGAAGAACAGUGUGCGGCACAAACUGGUCUCCUUAACACUCAAGAAGAAAUCCAAACUGACGGAGGAGGUGAGGGGAGACGCUUGGCCGCCUGGCAGCACAAGUGCCGUUGGAUUGUCUGCAGCCCUCUCUGACUCUCUUCUGCUUUUCCCUAGACAACAUAGAACCAGCCCUCCUCUGGGUUUGGCGCUACCUGUCUCUCUGCCUGAAAGAUUUAAGGAGUGUUUAAGGGGAAAGGUGACAAAGAGACUUCAUGAUGGUGAGUCUACGCUGCAGGGUAAUAGCAUGCUCGAAGACCGACCCACUUCCAACCUGGAGAAGCUCCAUUUCAUUAUUGGUAAUGGCAUCCUCAGGCCAGCCUUAAGGGAUGAAAUCUACUGUCAAAUCUGCAAGCAGUUGACUCAGAACCCAUCCAAAAGCAGCCAUGCUAGGGGUUGGAUACUGAUGUCCCUUUGUGUGGGAUGUUUUGCUCCUUCUGAGAAGUUUGUGAAGUAUUUAAGGAACUUUAUCAAUGGAGGCCCCCCAGGUUAUGCUCCCUACUGUGAAGAGAGGCUGAGGCGAACGUUUGCCAAUGGGACAAGGACACAGCCACCCAGCUGGCUGGAGCUGCAGGCGACCAAGUCCAAGAAACCAAUCAUGCUGCCUGUCACAUUUAUGGAUGGGACAACAAAGACACUGUUGACAGACUCUGCAACAACUGCUAAAGAGCUCUGUAAUUCUUUGGCUGACAAAAUCAGCCUGAAGGACCGAUUUGGCUUUUCGCUCUACAUUGCACUUUUUGACAAGGUGUCCUCGCUGGGGAGUGGCAAUGACCACGUGAUGGAUGCUGUGUCCCAGUGCGAGCAGUAUGCCAAAGAGCAGGGAGCGCAGGAGCGCAACGCACCGUGGCGGCUCUUCUUCCGGAAGGAGAUCUUCACUCCCUGGCACAACCCCAGUGAGGACAACGUGGCCACCAAUCUCAUCUACCAACAGAUUGUGCGAGGGGUGAAGUUUGGGGAGUACCGGUGUGACAAGGAGGAAGAUCUGGCAGAACUGUCUUCCCAGCAGUACUACGUGGACUAUGGGUCAGAGAUGGUACUGGAAAGGCUGCUAAAUCUAAUUCCAUCCUACAUUCCGGACAGAGAGAUCACAGCUUCAAAAACAGUGGAAAAAUGGGCUCAGCUCAUUAUAGCUGCACAUAAAAAGGGAAUUUAUACUCAGAAGAGGGCAGACCCAAAAAAGGUCAAGGAAGAAGUAGUGGACUUUGCACGUUUCAAGUGGCCUUUGCUGUUUUCUCGGUUUUAUGAAGCCUUCAAAUUCUCAGGGCCAAGCCUGCCUAAAAAUGACGUGAUUGUAGCUGUCAACUGGACAGGGGUGUACUUUGUGGAUGAACAGGAGCAGGUUCUCUUAGAGCUCUCUUUCCCAGAGAUCACAGCUGUGUCAAGCAGCAGAGGAGGAAAGCUGCAAGGGCAGAGUUUCACCCUGGCCACCAUUAAAGGUGAUGAAUACACUUUCACCUCCAACAAUGCAGAGGAUAUCCGGGACCUGGUGGUGACCUUCCUUGAAGGACUAAGGAAACGAUCCAAGUAUGUGGUCACCCUCCAAGACAACCCAAAUCCAGUGGGAGAAGAAUCUGGGUUCCUCAGCUUCCUUAAAGGAGACCUGAUAGUUCUGGACCAGGACACAGGAGAACAAGUGAUGAACUCGGGGUGGGCUAAUGGGUUCAAUGAACGGACCAAGCAGAGAGGGGAUUUCCCAACUGAUUCCGUCUAUGUCUUGCCUACCGUCACCAUGCCUCCAUUGGAGAUCGUGGCCCUGGUCACAAUGACCCCUGACCAACGACAAGAUGUUAUCAGAACCUCUCAGAUGGCAGUUUCAGACAGUGAAGAAAGAGUAAAGCCAUACACCUUGGAGGAAUUUUCCUACGAUUAUUUUAGACCACCUCCAAAGCACACCCUCAGCAGGGUCAUGAUCACCAAGAGCCGUGGAAAGGACAAGCUGUGGUGUUACACCCGCGAGCCCAUCAAACAGCCACUGCUGAAGAAGAUCCUGGGCAGCGAGGAGCUGUCCCAAGAAGCCUGUAUGGCCUUUAUUGCUGUGCUAAAAUAUAUGGGUGACUACCCAUCCAAAAGGACCCGCUCAGUCAAUGAGUUGACAGACCAAAUAUUUGAAGGUGCCUUGAAAGCUGAACCCCUAAAGGAUGAGAUCUACUGCCAGACCCUCAAGCAGCUCACAGACAACCACAUCAAAUACAGUGAAGAGAAAGGCUGGGAGCUGUUGUGGUUGUGUACAGGCCUUUUCCCUCCGAGUAACAUCCUCCUGCCCCAUGUCCAGAGGUUCCUGCAAUCCCGGAAACAUCACCCCUUGGCAGCAGACUGCAUCCAGAGACUCCAGAAAGCCUUGAGGAAUGGAUCCAGAAAAUACCCACCCCAUCUGGUAGAAGUGGAAGCCAUUCAACACAAAACGACCCAAAUUUUCCACAAGGUUUACUUCCCUGAUGACACCGAUGAGGCAUUUGAGGUGGAAUCCAGCACAAAAGCCAAGGACUUCUGCCAGAACAUCUCCAACAGGCUGCUCCUGAAGUCCUCUGAGGGCUUCAGCCUCUUCGUCAAAAUCUCCGACAAGGUCAUCAGUGUGCCAGAGGGAGAUUUCUUCUUUGACUUUGUGAGACACCUGACAGACUGGAUAAAGAAAGCAAAACCAGCAAAAGAUGGUAUAGUGCCUUCCCUCACCUAUCAAGUGUUCUUCAUGAAAAAACUGUGGACCAACACAACACCUGGAAAAGACUCGAUGGCAGACUCAAUUUUCCACUAUUACCAGGAGUUACCAAAAUACCUGCGUGGCUACCACAAGUGCUCACGGGAAGAGGUCCUGCAGCUGGCAGCUCUCAUCUACCGGGUCAAGUUUGAGGAUGACAAGUCCUAUUUCCCCAGCAUCCCCAAACUCCUGAAGGAGUUGGUGCCUCAGGACCUCAUCCGGCAGCUCUCUCCAGAUGACUGGAAAAGGUCCAUCGUGGCAUACUACAACAAACACGCGGGAAAAACAAGAGAAGAAGCCAAGCUUGCCUUUCUAAAGAUUAUCUUCAAGUGGCCUACAUUUGGAUCAGCAUUCUUUGAAGUGAAGCAAACUACAGAGCCAAAUUAUCCAGAAAUCCUUCUAAUUGCCAUCAAUAAGCAUGGAGUCAGCCUCAUUGAUCCCAAAACCAAGGAUAUUCUCAUCACUCACCCCUUCACCAAGAUCUCCAACUGGAGCAGUGGCAACACGUAUUUCCAUAUAACCAUUGGCAACUUGGUGAGAGGAAGCAAGCUGCUCUGUGAGACCUCUCUGGGGUACAAGAUGGAUGAUCUUUUGACCUCGUACAUCAGCCAGAUGCUAACAGCCAUGAGCAAACAGAGGAGUGCAAAGGGUAGCAAGUGAACUGCAAGAAGCCACUGGCACAUGGUCAUGGGGCUAAUUCACCAGCUGAGGGCUGUGGGAUACCCGUGCAGCUGGGCAAGAACCUUUGCCUCCCAGAUGUGGAAGAUGAGCCGAACACCAUCAGGGAGUUCAAUGGACUCUGACCUUGAGGGCUCCAAUCCCACCUCCCCCUCCAGCGAAGAUGACUAUCUCUGACCUCCUACUCACCUUCCUCACCCUGCAUCCCAACUCAAUCCUACAUCUCAAAGAUUUCCAGGGGACACCA